CAUAAUGUGGAGAGUUAAGCAGAGCGUCGGACGUCGCCACUACGAGGGUCGGCUGUUAUGGGUCUCUGUUAUUGACUCUUUAAUUAAAUACACCGUUAUUUUAGCACAUUGGAGGCUGGAAUGUAGGAUUCCAUGAAGUGUGUAGGAUCAUCGUCAGUCAAGUUCGUUAACCAACGAAGGUGCUAAUCUUAAAUGCUGCUUUUAAGAAAACUUGCAAGAUUACUAGAAAGGAAGUGAAAAUUGUAGGAAAAUGCCAAAGAAAAUAUCUAAAAAAGAAAGUUAAAAAUCACGAAUGUAAUGUUAAAAUGGUAAAAAGCAGUGACUGUAUGACUAACGGUAUCCAUCUUGAGAUAUCUAAAUUCAUUUGCUUAUAUGACGGGGAGUCAGUGUGUGGUACAAAAGAGCAGACUAAUGGGAAAAGUUUCCCAAGAGUAAGUAUAUAUUCUGAUGUUUCUUCAGAUAUUGAUAAUAGAAAUAGUGAUGAAAUGAAACCCAAAAAAAUGCCACUUGGUGAGAGAGGGAAGCAUUCAGAUAAUAGAAUGAAAACAAGUGGCUGUGAAAGAACAAAUGAAGCAGCAAGUGUUGACUUGCAUUCCAAGGAAGGGUUGCAGUUAAGUUGGCAUGUAUUACCCAUUACAAGUUUUGGCUCGAAUACAGAGGGAUGCUUUGAUUAUUCGUGCAAUUUAGAAACGAAAGACGUAAAUGUAUAUGAUGUUUUGCCAUGGAAGGAAUGUUUUGAAAAUAUGACGGCUGGCACCAUUAUACCGCCAAGUCUUAACAAUAAGAAUGCAUUAACAUUUCAACGAACUUUCGAUGCUGGAAUUUUUCUCCGAGAAGCAGAAGGAAUGCCACUUUAUGUAUUUAAAGAAGAUUGUCCUAGUUCUGAAGGUAAAAUGCCACUUGCCGUGUUCAUACAGUUGCCUAACAAGGACUUCAUCAAAAUUAAAUGCAAAAAGAAAAGUUCCAAUGUUUACAUAGGUACUUCACCUACUGAAUCUAUGACUUCUGAUAGUCAGCAGCAAAAUUUGGGACAAAUUAACUUCUCCCUUGGAAGCCCAGAAUGUUGUAGCACACCAAAACACGAUCUUCCAGAGAAAAGUAUCUUGACUGUACCUUAUUCAAACCCUGCUUGUUACAGAUCGCAUGAUUCAAGUGAUGUUGACGUUUGUGAAUUGAGUCGAACAGAAAGGCCUUCAGAGUUUGGUAGGUGUUCCAGUUAUGUCAGAAACAAAAAAAGAUCUUUAAUGCGUGAUAAACGGGUAGCAGAUAUCCAAAUGGAACGAAAGAAGUACCAGGCUAGUGUUGUCAAUACUUUUCCAGAAGUUGUUGAUCAUAUGUUUCAGCCAGUGGUUAUUUUAGAAAAAAUUAAGGAAAACGAUGUGCAAGGGCUGACUUUGUAUAAUGGAUUUGAUGAUGAUUUUGAUGAUGAUAAAUCUAAAUAUCAAGAUGAUGGAAAAAAAUGCUGUUGGAGGAAGAGCAGUAAGGACACACGUCAGUCGGCACGCACAGCUCACAUAAUGAAGGUACAGAAAUGCUCUCUCGGGUCUGGUAAUGCACAAACACAUGCAGAAUUCUCUCCUGAAAAUACAUGUAAUAAGCAAACAAAUGUGAAUCAGAAUGGUGUGUCAGUAAUUUGCUGUAGUAAUUCACAUGAAAUUAGAAGGGUACCAGUAUUUGAUUUUGAGAAAAUUAAAACAAAACUUGAAAUGUUUUUUGGUGAAGAAAGUGAAUGGUUAAGUAAGAUCAUGUUAAGUGGAAGUGAUCCUCAAAAUGGCAGACAAGUUAGUCAAAAGAGCAGAAUACCUUCUACCAAAUCCCUCGAUUACAUUACUUUUCAUAUUGCAGACAGAUUAAAGUCAGUCAGCAGUAACAGUCCAGUUAACAGUAUCUCGGACACUACCAAACCUAGCAGUAAAAAGUCUGUUUCUCAGUCUUUCGGUGGCAUGCACAACCACCACCUCAUAGGUGAAGACACUCCAGCUCCAACAAGGAAGCAUACUCUGUUAAGGGACAGAAGUAAUGCGUCACCUCGGAAGACAAAACUGUGUUCUUUUCAGCCCGUGAAAAAGAAUAGGUCUCGGAAGAAAAAAGGUACUAGUGGCAGCGAUAAAGUACAGCAUACAUCUCUAGAUGUUAUUAAGAAGGAUGGCUUCACUAUUAGAUUGUGGCAGAAUUAUAAUAAGGAUGUAUUUAAUGCAAUACGUCAUGAAUGUACCGUAUGCAAGAAAGUUUUUAGAAAUGAAAAAACUCUCAUCAACCACAUCAAACGCAAACACUCAAAAUCAGAAAGACAGAGAGGAGGUCCACCUGUUAAAGAGUUUUACAUCUGUCAACCAUGUGGUGCUUCAUUGAAUUCUAAAUUCAGUUUAGAAAAGCAUGUUUCCUCAAUGAAGCAUCUCACUUUAUCCAAAACAUGUGAGAAAAACUUCAUUGCCGCUUGGAAAAUAUUAGGUUUUACUGUAAUACCUAAUGAAAAUGAAAAGGGCAAAUUGGAGCUGGUGGAGAUUCUGGAUGAAGAGAUAGAAGAUGAAGUAAACACUGGAGAAGAAGGUGCCAAGGAUCAGGCUGGUGUUUCUCUCUAUGAGACGUUGAACAAGACCACAAGUCAUGUGAAAACCUACAUAUACAACACUUCAUUGUUAUCCCAGUUUAAAGAGAUUUUGGGGGCGGAAACAGAACCAGAAGUGAAUUCUGGUAUCAAAAUUCAAGAAUUCCUACAAAUUUGUAAAGGAAAGAGUUUACCAUGGUUUUCACAUCAGCCUACUACUUCAGAAACAAAGGAACAUUUAGAAUCAUUUUUUUCUGAGAGAUCAAGCCAAGAAGAAUUACUUCCUCCUAAAACGACUUUACCAAUCAACAAAGAUAGAUAUUCCUCAAAUGACCUUCAAGAAUGUACAAGUAGUAAAGAGAUUCCUUCUUUAAAUAAAGGUACUGCUGUUAAAUGGGAAAAAUAUGACAAAAAUGCAGCAUCAAAUGAUAAUGAAUGGGUAGAAGAAGUAGUAACUGAUCCCAAUAGCAAAUCCUGCCAGCUUAUGAAUUUAACAGGGUCUUAUUUGAAAAAGAAACAAAAAAAAUGCCCAGGCAAGGUGGUGGUUUGUAAGAGACUAUAUCGUACAUACCAAAAUAAGACAAAUCAAACUGUUGGUAAUUGUGAUGCAAAUGAAAACAGCUUAAAAUCAAAUGAUUUUAAGAUGAUUUUUUCCCCCAAAUAUAAUUAUCAAGUACCUCACAGCCCAUAUUACCCACAUCCUCUUAUUGACGAUCCUAAAGAGUUGUAUGAUUCGAGUUUGACUCAACAGGAUUUCCCAAGUCAGACAAAAUUGAAUGAUAAUGAUUUGAACUUGGAUGUACCUCAUAUGUUGUAUGAAAAACAUAAAUAUCAAAGGUACAAGGAUUUAGAUAAACCUAUCGAGUUUUAUCAUUUUGAUUUUGACAUGAAUGGAAAUUUUAUUACAACCACUGAAAAUAUAGGCAAAUGCAAUGAAGGUGCUAAUAAUUCACCAAGCGUGGGAGAUAGUGUACUGGGAGAGAAGAGUAGAGAUUCAUAUACAGACCUUUUGAACUCGACAUCAACCAUGAGUGCUGACCACACACUCUAUAUGAAGCAUGACACUGUUUUCCCACUGUUUACCUGCGAACUUCGUUCUGGUGCUGGGACAAGUAACACGCCCCUGCAGCCCACCUCUAGCCUAAACACUCCAGUUCAAUCACCAGUACACAAAGGGCAAAGUUCAAUCACCAGUGCAUUAAAUAACCUCAGCAGCUUAAUUGUAAGUUCUGCUUCUAAGGAAUAUGAUCAAGACUUUGAGGACUUGUGGAACAUGGAUAGUAUGGAGGAAAGAGUUUUGGAAGACCAGAGACAAGAUGAUGUGCUUAAUAACAAUUUUACAAAUGUUUGACCAUGUAAGUUGGUUUAGUUAGAGAAAUUCAUGUUUAUUCCUUAAGCUCACCAAAUCCUAAAAUUUUAAUUUUAGUUUGGGGGGUUUGGCUACUUUCUGAGGAUGCCUCUCAUACUUUAGAGUACAAUAUAAACCAAUGAUAAGUUUAUUUUAUAUUACACGGUAAUUAUAUUUCCUGGCAUGAAUUUUAGUUUCUAAGUUGUGUGAGAAUAAUAAUAAUAAUUAUAAUAAUAAUAUAUAUUAGAGGGAUCGUAUGCCAUAUGAUGAUAGUACUGUACUGUACAUUCAUUUGUAUUCAAUGCCAACACAUACACACUGCAUUGAUUUUUUGGUACUAUGUCAUCCAGUCUUCACUUACACAACUUUCUCUCUUCUUGCUCUAUCUUAUUUUUAAUGUUAUUUUGUUUUCUUCAUUUUCUGUCACACUAAUUUUGUUCCCUUUUCUCUUCUCCUCUCCCUAUUUUAUCAAAUAUAAGGUUAAAUAGUUUCUAAGCCACACAAAAGGGGCAAGUACUGUACCUUACUUUAGCUGAAGUGAAGAUUAAUGAGAUUAAAACUCAAUUUGCUAACUAGUCACUAUAAAUUAAUUUAGUUUAAAUAAGGGGGGGAAAAAAAUGAUCCAAACUGAACUUAAAUUAGAACCCUGUAAAUUGGUCCAUUAAACAUUAUUCUAUAAAAGUAAAUGCAGUUUGGUGGAAAUAAUUCCUGCCAUACAGAAUUCACCUGAAAUUUUACUUCCUGUGUGAAUAUGGUGUAAUUUCUGCUUGAAAUCAUUAUAUUUAUUUAAUGAAAUGGUAUUUUUUUAUUUUUUUUUAUUAAACAAACUUUUUGAAAUAACAGAUGUUCAAAUAAUAUUUUAGUGUGUAGAUGCUUACACGUCCACUUUGCAUUGUGCCUAUAAUUGGUUGUUGGCAUAUGUACAUGUUAAAUCUCACUAAACAUUUUGUAACAUUUUAGCAUGAGGCAGCUGUUUCUGAGGAAUUAUACACAGCUUGUAACUUGAAAGUAAGUUUGAAUUUCAACUAUACCGUCUUCCAGGCUUGGUGCCCACGUUUGAUCAUUGCAUUCACUCUACAUUAUUGUUUAUAUGCAUUAUAGUUGAAUACCAGUAAACAGAACAAAUAGAUUUUUUUUUUAGUAAAAACUAAAAAUGUAAAUUUUUGUUAUAUUUUAUUGAUACUUUUAGAAAACAUUUUAUUUACAAACAUUUGGAUACCUUAACUUUUCAUUAUACAGUAAUUGUUUAUUGUUUCCUAGGCAUUGUGUAAUUAAAUGUAGCAUAGUAA